CAUGUUUUGAGAGGAACUAAAUCAUUUUGAUUCUGGCUUCACGCUUCCUGAUUGCCAUAAACAAGCUAGUAUUUCUAAUAUUCAGUUCUCAUUGUUAUUUUCUUUUAGUUAUUGUGUAUUGAUGUACUGUUUAGAAACGCAUAGAGGAGGCACCUGAACUGAAGAACCCACAAUGCCUUAUUUUGGCUCGGAGGAGACGGUAAAAGAGCUCAAGCGAGCUCUGUCCAAUCCCCAUGUCCAAGCAGACCGCCUCCGGUACAAAAACUACAUCACCAAAGUCAUCAGGUACAUGACACAGGGUCUGGAUGUCUCUGCUUUAUUUAUGGACAUGGUGAAAGCCAGUGCCACAGUCGAUAUUGUUCAGAAGAAGUUGGUAUAUCUGUACAUGUGCACCUAUGCCAGUGACAAGCCAGACCUGGCACUACUGGCUAUCAACACCCUCCGUAAGGAUUGCGCUGAUCCCAAUCCCAUGGUGCGAGGGUUGGCCCUGAGGAACAUGUGCAACUUCAGAAUGCCAGGAAUGCCAGAGUACAUAGAGCAGCCCAUUGUUGCAGGUCUGCGAGACAAGGCCAGUUAUGUGAGGAGAGUCGCUGUGCUUGGAUGUGCCAAAAUGCACAGUCUACAGCCCAACACAGACAUAGAUGGCAGUAUAGUGAACGAGCUGUAUGCUCUUCUGAGGGACCCGGACCCUGUGGUUGUGGUGAACUGUCUUCGUGCCUUGGAGGAAAUUCUUAAAGAUGAGGGUGGUGUGGUUAUUAACAAACCCAUUGCUCAUCACCUUCUCAACAGGAUAAAGGACCUGGACAGUUGGGCUCAGAGUGAAGUCCUCACCUUCCUGCUACGCUACCGCCCUCGUACCGAUGAUGAGUUGUUCGACAUCCUUAGUCUACUAGACGCCUUCCUCCAAAGCGCUCACGCACAUGUCGCAGUUGCUACACUCCGCCUCUUCCUUCAUUUAGCCGCCGCCCACCCUGCUGUGCAGGCCGACGCCCUCCUGCGCACAAGUGCCCCCCUGCUGGCCACGUGCGGUGCUGCAUCACGCGAACUUCGUUUUGCUGGGCUGUGUCACGUUCAGCAGGUCAUGCGGAGUCAGCCAGGCCUUUUUGCCACACAUUACAAGCGCUUCUUUUGUGGUUACUCUGAACCGAGUUACAUUAAGUUUCGCAAGAUGGAGAUCCUGGUGGAGCUGGUGAACGAUGAAAACGUGGCUUUGGUUUUGGAGGAGCUGAGAAGUUACUGCACUGAUGUGUCUCCUGAGCUCGCACAGGCAGCCAUUGCUGCUAUAGGUCGUAUUGCACGAACGUACAGUGAGAAGUGUCUGGAUAUCCUGACCGGACUGCUCGCAUUGAAACAAGAUCACAUCACGUCAGCCGUGAUUCAGACGUUCAGGGAUUUGGUGUGGUUCUGUCCUCAGAGUACUGCCGCUGUUUGUCAGACUGUUGAGGCCUGUGUUGACAAUCCUCAAGAUAGUGAGGGAAAGCAGGCUCUGUUAUGGCUUCUGGGAGAACAUGGUGAGCAGAUCAGUAGCGCCCCCUAUGUUAUGGAGGGCUACAUAGAUGGGCUAAAGACAGAGCUGUCCUCGGCGGUGAAGAUGGAGCUGCUGAGCGCCUCAGUGAAGAUGUUCCUGUGCCGUCCUGCUGAGACGCAAGACAUGCUGGGCCGUCUUUUACAUUACUGUAUUGAGGAAGAGAGCGACAUGUGUGUGCGUGACCGGGCUUUGCUGUACUACAGACUUCUUCAGCGUGGAGUUGAAGAGACAAGGAAAAUUGUAACUGGACCCAAAUCUGAUCCGUCCAUGAGCGUGCUCACCGGUCGGCAAGAGGAGCCCAUCAGACUGUGGGCCUCUACCUUCAACACACUGGGUCCGUUGUCUAGAAGGGAUUUAUGCCUUCAAACUGCUGUCAUAUCAGCCUCUGAGCUAUCCGGCAGUGCAGAAAAUGAGCUGUUGCCAGGAAGUAAAGAUGUAACCCUCUCCAGCCCAAAUGACACACAAGAGGAGAUCAGUCUAUCUCUGGGUCCUCCUCUAUCCCAUGAGACCUUUGAGAAAAUGUGGUUGGACUUGGAGAUUCUCCACAGGCAAACUCUGGGUUUCCCUCGACCCAAAACCGCUCCGGAUACUUUACAGGCUGCUUUACAGCUGGUGAAGAUCCAGACUCUGGCCUUCACGCCGGGCGACGCUGUGCCUUGGAAGGCCUACCUUUACACCAGGGGCACUGGGAUCCUGAUCCUCGCUGAACUGUUGCAGGAAGUCCCAGAAGCCCCUGACAGCGAAGGAAGCUUGGUGGUAUCUGUCAAACAGCAGCCUGGAAAACAACAGAGCAUUAGAGGUUUUGUUUCAAUACUCAAAAGUGUGUUACAGACUCUUAAUGUUGAUCCAUUGUGAAAUCUAUUGAACUAUUAACACUUUGAGAACACAAAUCUACAAAUUCUACACAAAUCAUCUUAUGGUAUUUCUAAACACAAAAAAAUUACAAUAAAAUAGUAGUAUGCUGUUUGAAUCUAUAGACAAUUGGAAUUAUUUAGCACUACUUACACAUGCACAUUCAGCCCACAUAUGGUGAAUUAAACCAAACAUUUCUUUGGAGGUAUGAGGAACUGAAUUAUUUCACAUAGGUUCCCCAGCGGUGUUUUUCACAGACACGUCAAACGAGGGGGGGUAUCACACACAGUUUCUGCCAAUCUCAUGUUAAUCUUGAGUACCUAUAGUGUAGUAGUGCGUCCUUCAUAUCUCCAAAAAGUCUUUAGUUUUAUCAUAUUUAUAAAAGAUACAUACACUGUACCGAGUCUUUCCGAAAACAGCCGAGCACCACUUCCGGAAGAAGUGCCUGUACAAGGAAUUCCGACCUUUAUGACGUCACACAGCCCCAUACAUAGGAUUUGGAAGAGUAUUUUUGGCACAGAAAUACUCCGUCAUACUUCCAACUCGUGUUUUGAAAUUUUGGCCAUGUUUAGCAUGAGAAUCCAACUCUUUAUCAGUGUAAAUAAGUCAGAAUACAUUAAAUAGCAUUAUACCCCCCCCCCAAAUUUGUGUUAUUCUUAUCUAGCAGUUCCCUUAUCUUAUCUAGCAACCAAUUACAUAAUUGUAUCUUUAUCUCUAGACAAAGCAAUUAGCACUGUAAUGUAUUGUAACAUUUAUAUUUUUAGUGUAUACUUGUUAGCGCAAUUUAUUGUAAAUGUGUGUAUCAUAUAAAACAGGUGCCUUUUGUAUAUACAUAUACUGUAUGUAUGUAUGCAUGUGUAUGUAUAUAUAUAUAUAUAUAUAUAUAUAUAUAGAGCAAUAUCUCACGGGCAAUCUUUGGUCUUAUUAAUCUAUUACUUGUUCCAGAGCAAGUUGAAUUGUGCUAUGUUAAAUCUGAUCAUUUAAAAUUAUGUGCAUCCUCUAUAGUCUAGAGCAUAGCGUAUUGGCUAAACUAGACAGGAAAUAUCAGACGAAGACUCUUCUCUGCUCUUCUGAAGAGUUUUAGGCACUUGUGUAAAAAUGCUGUGAAGUGAAGAUGCUUUCAAAAAUACUGUCAUAAAUAGAUUUUAUUUAUCAAUUAACUUAUAUUAACUAAAUCAAAUCAAUAUUUUGUGUGACUACCCUUUUCAUUUAAAACAGCUUUUGUCCACUUGCGCAUCAUUUUUCAGGUAGUUUUGCAGGAAGGUUUCUUCAAGCGCCACAGUUCUUCUGGAUUUAGAUUGUCUCAUUUUCAUCUUUUUCUUCAUGUAAUCACAGACGGAUUCGAUGAUGGUGAGAUCAGAUCUCCGCGUGGAGCACCGGCUGUUGUCAGACUCCUUGUGCAUUCAAAAAUCAAAAAUGAAUGUUUGGAAAUGUAAACUGAUACUUCCUACUGAUACACUACAGCAAAAGAUAUAAAUAACUGCCUUAAAACCUUUUUUGGGGGGUCAAAAUACUGACGUGCCUAAGACUUUGGCACAGUACUGUGUGUGUGUCUAUAUAUAUAUAUAUACACACACACACACACAGUACUCCGCGAGAGCAUAUGUUAAGUGAUUAAUAUUAAUAUUUUGUAAAUAAAGUGGUAAAUUGUGUUUUUUUUUGUGCAAACAAAGCACUCAUAAAAUUGACGUUAAACCACUGGAGUCACAUGGUUUACUUUUCUGAUGUCUUUACUACCUUUCUGGGGCUUGAAAGUGGUAGUUGCGUAGACUUUCAAUGGAGGAACAGAAAGCUCAGAUUUCAUUAAAAAUAUCUUCAUUUGUGUUCCGAAGAUGAACGAAAAUCUUACGGGUUUAGAACGACAUGAGGGUGAAUAAUUAAUGACAGAAUUUUCAUUUUUCAACAUUAAUGAUGAGUGUAAUUGAUGUUGGUAACACUUUUUAAUGUGUACUGUAGUUAAUAGCUAGAGAAUUACAAAUGCAUUUGUGUUAUGAAGCAAAAUUACAAGUGUGACUGUCAUUGACAGAUUUAAAAUGUUUAUUUGUUGUCUGAUUUAAAACGUUUUGUCUUUAAAUGUAUCUUUUUAUGUUAUGAGAUUAAGUUGAUCUUAUUAGAAAAGUUAUCUGCUAGUCUUAACUGUUUAUGAUUGUUUCAGUUAACGUAAGUGUAGUUGAUGUUGGUAACACUUUUUUUUAAUGUACUGUAUUGAUUGUCAACUUUCUUUGCAGCCAUUUGUUAUGUGUAGCCUAUAGUAUUUUUGCAGAACUGAUAAAUGACUGUCUAAGGAUAUAGUCUUGUCAGAAGACCAAUACACUGCUAUAGUACUGUACAUACUGUAAUGAAAUUUGGCCAAAUGUGCAGAGAAUGCUGAAUUUAAUGUAUUGUGGUGCAUACCAAGUUCAUACAUAUUUUUCUCAUGCUUUUCAUCUACUGCAAGGUCAAUUUACAAUAGUAAAAAAAGUUCAUUGCUGUA